AUGGCUUCCAUUCUUACCUAUCUCAAAACCUACGCUGGUAAAGACCUGGGCGGUCUCAUGGGCGGUCUUGGUGCCAAAGACCUUCCUAUCCUCUCGGCAAGCCUGUUCCUGCCUCAUGGAGCGGCAAAUACUUAUACCGUCAACCUUUACCAACUUGUGUGCUUAUGUCUCUCGCAGGGAAAUGCAUUCAUAGGACGAGCUUUGAAUGGAUUGAAGCCAAGCACAGCAUUGGAAUGGCUGGCUCUUCUGGUCUGCUUGACGAUGCUGACCUCUCUGAUCACUAUAUCGAUCACGGGAAUCCAGUCAGCUUUGGCGGUGUCGAGCUCGAAGAGUGGAAAACGGCCGCCAAUGCUUCCUUAUUGGAUUCCUAUCGCUGGCAGCAUUUAUCCUUUUCUCGGCGACGGUCUAUCGUUGAUGAGGAGAUUCAUGCAAAAGUAUGGAUACAAAGUGCCAGCUGGACUCAAACUCGGCACCACGACGCUCUAUUUCGUCAGCGAUCCGCAAUUCGCGCCCAUCUUUUUCAAACCCAGCCCACAAAUGGGUGCUAAUCCGGUUCUACUGUACUUCAUGCAGAAUGUUCUCGGAACACCGCGUCGCGCUCUUCCCUUAUAUGCUGAAGACAACUCAGGAGGGCACCCGACUCCGUUUCCUGGGAGUUGUGUGGAACCCGAGAAUCGCAUCAGGUUCCAUCACAUGCAGGCGGCUCACAAAUUCCUCGCUGGGUCUCACAAUGGUAUUCAGCUUAGCGAACGGUACACAGAUAUCCUUCGCCGCAAUAUAUCCGCCAACGAUACCGUCCAAGACGAUUGGAUAGACUAUCCAGAUUUUUAUGCCUUCCUUCGAGACAUGAUGUUCUCAGCAUCAACGGAAGCUCUAUGUGGCUCAGAAAUCCUUCGGCUGAUUCCAAACCUAGCCCAAGAUUUUUGGACGUACGAUGACCAUGUGCCGACUUUGAUGAAAACGCCAUACCGCUGGCUAGCACCUAAAGCGUAUAAGGCUCGGGACAAAAUGCUCGAUGAUAUCAAACUGUGGCAUGAACACGCAAAAGCCCAUUCUGAUUUCACCAAAAUCGAUCCGCAAGAUCCAGACUGGGAGCCAUAUUUUGGGACAAAAUACGUCAGAGCAAGGCAGAAAUUCUUCCAUGAUAUCAAGAUGAUGGACGCCAAUGCACGAGCAGCCGAAGAUGUCGGCUUGAUCUUCGCGGCUUCCGUCAACUCCAUCAAAGUAACAUUCUGGGUCUUCUUCGAAGUCUUCACACGACCUGCCCUCCUCGCGCGGGUACGAGAGAUCGCUCGCCUCAUCCAUGAAUCAUCAGAAGGAAAAGAAUCGCACACAGUCGCGCGUGGUAAUGAUCCCUUGCUCCAAUCCAUCUUCGCCGAGGCGACAAGAUUGCGAAUCGCUGGCAUCAUUGGCCGAGAGGUACUUGGGAAUGAUCUUACUCUUGGAAAAUGGAGCAUCCCCAAAGGUUCCUUCAUUGGUCUUUACUCAAGAUCUGCAGGCCUGAAUAGCGACGUCUGGAAGACGGGGACGGCUGAUGAUCCUCAUCCAGUGGAGGCCUUCUGGGCGGAAAGAUUCCUUGUAUAUCCCAAAGAGACAAGGCCUAGCGAAUCGCGCAGCUCUGAUCCCGAUGGACUCAAGGACGAACAGCGCCCCCAUCCAAAAUCCAGGCCAUGCACACCCGUUCUUCCAGAAAAAUCAUCCGCAAAGCCCAUCUUCUCAACAAGAGGCCUGAACAACGUCUACGUUCCCUUCAACGGCGGCACGCUGGCUUGCCCAGGUCGACAGUUCGCAAGAUACGAAGCCAUCAAUACGCUCGUGGAGUUCGCGCUGAACUUCGAUAUCGAGUGCAAAGUUCCAACGACGGGAUGGGAGCCGAGGAUGAAUGGAGGGUUCUUUCCGAUGGGGUCGCUGCCCCCGUUGGAUGAGGGCAUCAUCGAGGCAGCAUAUGCCAGUGAUUAG